AUGAAGGACAAUGAAUUUUUGGCAAGUCUGUUCAUUUUUGAAUGUUUUCAAGAACAAAAGUUUCAACACGUUAACGCUCCUCAUCAUUCGCCGCAACAAUUGGAUAAAGAAUAUCAAGAUGAUGCUGUGUGGCUUAUAUCAUCUAGUUUUCUCAUUUUCACCAUGCAUUCGGGGUUUGGUUUAUUGGAAUCGGGUAAUGUGUCAGCAAAAGAUGAGGUGAAUAUUAUGGUGAAGAAUGUGGUUGACGUCGUUUGUGGAGGACUCGCGUAUUGGGCUGUUGGUUUCGGGUUGAGCUAUGGCUCAGACGGAUGGAUGGACAAUCAGAUCGUUGGCUUUGGGCAAUUCUUUUAUGAUCCUGUUAGAUUGGAAGCAAAUGUGAAUGAUGAAGCGUGGGCAUACGCUGUUUUUCUGUUUCAAAUGAGUCUCGCAACAACAGCUUCAACAAUUGUAUCAGGUGCGGUAGCUGAGAGAGCGAAACUCAAAUCAUAUAUUCUAUUGGGUAUUCUUGUAACACUUGCACAAGCUCUUCCUGCUCAUUGGGUUUGGGAUAAACGAGGAUUUCUUUAUCAAAUGGGUGUCGUUGAUUAUGCUGGGUGUGCUUGUAAUCAUCUCGUUGGUGGGAUUAUCGGACUUGUGGCAACUGUUUACUUGAAACCGAGACGAAAUCGUUUCAUUGAGGACUCUGUUCAUCAAAUGAGUAGUCCGGGGAAUGCUUUGUUAGGUACUUUUCUCUUGUGGUGGGGUUGGUUCGGCAUUAAUACAGGCUGUGUUUGGGGUGUCUCAGCAGGAAGAUGGAGAUUAGGUGGAAGGGCAGCAGUCGCUUCAAUAAUGACCUCAAUUGGUGGUGGUGCUGUGGCAACGAUUGUCUCGUACAUUCAUUGGGACAAAUUGCGGGUUCAAUAUCUGAUCAAUGGUGUCUUGUCAUCACUUGUCGCAAUCACUGCAUUUGCUCCAAUUGCUCAACCCUGGCAUGCAGUGAUUGUUGGUGGAGUGGCUGCUUUGUUAUCGAUCUCCGUUCUUCCCGUUCUUGAGCAUUUCCAUGUUGAUGACCCAGUUGGAGUUGUGCCUAUUCAUUUAGUCAGCUCUAUUUGGGGAAUGAUUUCUGUGGGAAUCUUUGCAAAAAGAGAUAGAUAUGUGGCGGAAGGCUUAAAAUAUGAUGGUUUGAUCUAUGAUGGUGGAUUCACGUUGUUGCGCAUACAGAUAACUUGCAUUUUGGUGAUCAUCGUCUAUUGUACUGUGGCUGGGUAUUUGAUAUUAGCGUGUAUCGAGCAUAGUCCUCUUGGUCUUCGGGUGAGUGAUUAUGAAGAAGAAUUGGGGGCUGAUGCAACUGAACAUGGACUGACUGGAGCGAAUGUUAGUCGAUACGUUGUGGAGAAGCCAAUGAAUGUUAGAACACUGAGCACGGUGACAAAAGCAGUUGCAAGAUGGAAGACCCAGACGCGUCUUCAGAGUCGAGCUACUCGAAUGGUCAAUUUGCGAAAAUUGCACGAGAAAAGAUUGGCGAGAGCUUCUCCAUCGAAUCAUCAACACACAAAUCAAACAACUGAACAAUUGGAAUUGCAACUCCGAACUCAAAGCAAUGGACAUGCAAGAACUGAA